AUGAUGACAGCUAUUAGUGCAUGUAUGAAAGGUCUAGCUACAUCUGUUUCCGUCACAAAUAUUAAAAAAAAUAAAUUAAAAUCAUAUAUUACAACUAAUACUCCUGAUUCAACCUCAAAUGUAAAAGAUAAUCUAGUAUAUAUAUUUCGUGGUAAAAAUGAUCAAACAGUUGUUACCACUGUUGUGCAACUCAAUGAACAAAUUUAUUCAAAAUUAGGUGCUAAUAUAAAACCUAACUGCGAUAUACCAGUUAACCAUGGUUUUCUAACAGAAAAUUUUGAUGAAAAAUGUGAAACACCUUAUGCAACUAAUUUUAUUAAUAAUUGUGAUUUUAAUUUGACUUAUGAUAUGUUAAAUCAUUUAUAUGUUGGUGAUCUUAUUGAACCAUCAAGUGAAAUGCCAACAUCAUGCGUGGGGCAAUCUAUUGCUUUUGAUCAAGCAGCAUUUAUGAAUCCACCAGUUGUUGCUAGAUCAGAUUCAAGAGCUACAGAUAUUUUCUCAUUAUGA